UCCGUGCCCGCCCUAUCCACCUCUCUUUUGCGUCCCUUCGACAUCACCACCAUGAAGCUCGUCGCUCUCUCCGCUCUGCUUCCCUUCCUCCUCUAUACCCCUGCCCUCGCAGCGCCCGCCGAGUCGGUUACGGACGCCCUUCCCGCCACCGUCACGGACGCCCUUCCUGCUACCGUCACCGAUGCCCUCCCCGCCACGGUGGCCCCCACCACGACCGCCUCCGCUCCCGAUGCUUAUGAGACCUGCGACAACGCCUCGAACUGCUACGGCGCGGUCCACGGCUGGGGCAGCUUCAUCGACUACGAGCCGUAUCAGGCCAACCUCAUGGGCGCGUGCACGAACGACACGUCUGUGACGGACGGCGCGGGCAACCUUUGGGGCAGCAAGGCGUGCGUCGCAGUCGCGGUGAGCUACCAGAAGAUCUGGCCCCAGCAAGUCCACGGCAUGGCGACCUGCGGGCAUCAGCAGAUCGCGUGCGAGGCUGACCAGCCGAGCUUGGACUACAACAUUUACGCCUCCAUCGUCGGUGACUGCGCCUGGCAGCCCAACGGCUGCCCCAUCACGCAGCAGAACUUCAUCGACUUCGUCUACAGCACUCUCACCGAGAUCGGGUCCGCGGACUGGCCGAGCGACGUCAACAAGCUCAUCUCCGAGGGCUGGCAGCCGCUGCUCGACUGGGCGCAGACGGGCGACAGCAUCCCGUACACCAACUUCAACGACUUCCUGCACUAUGCGUGAGGUGGACGAUUCAGCGGCAGACAGGCGGCGCCGCGAUCAGCAUUGGCGUGGUUGUCCGCUGUAGUGGUCCGCACUCUUACGCGAACUUUUUCCUCGUUCUUCCUUUGUAUCGGACAGUGCGGCGUGUGGUAUAUACCGAUUGUUCAUCUGUGGGCAAUGUAAUGGUCUAUAAGUGGGUUAUGUCGGAGC